AUGUCCAAUGCCGACUUUGUCUCUGCUCCUGCCUCUCCUGCUUCAACAGCUUCUAGGGUGCCAAGCUCCUUCUUUGUGCAGGAGAAGGAGCUGCUCAGCAACCUCAAGGAAGUGAUUGACCCAUGGUGUUUGAUCAUCAAGGCAUGCAAGAAGGCAAACAAUUCUGUGUUGAUGCUCAAGAUGCCUGCAGUGGGUGAGAAGGUAAAGGGCAAGCAGAAGAAUGUCCUAGAGGUCACUGGAGCAAGCAGCAGCAAGAAGAAUGAUGCCUGUGUUGUGCUGACCACCCAAGAGGUCACAGUCCUCAAGGCCCUAUAUGAAAUGGUGUGGUCAAAAGGGAAGGAGGGGGCUACGCUGAGUAUAGUGGAGGUUCAGGAGCUUGUGAGUCUGGGGAGGAAUGAUGAGGAUGAUGACAUGGAGCCUGAGCACACCCAAGCAGCUGAGGAAGAUGAGGAGGAGGAGGAGGAGGAGGAGGGAGAGCAGGCUGUUGAUGCAUCAACGUUUGCUCCUCCUGAUAAGGCCUUCACCCUUGCUGAGCUCAAGGGCUUGUGGAUGGCCCAGUGCGACAUAGCAGAAGCCACCAAGAGCUUAUUCCAGGCUGAGAUCAUGCACACAGGAGAAGCAGGAUAUGCCUGGGGUUACUGGAAGCAGGUCAAGGCACAUGCCAAAGAAGACACUGAGGUCAAGGCUGGGCUGGCACUUGCUUGCCAAGCAAAGCUCAACAAGGCAUGGGCUGUACAGGCCAGCAUUGGCCAGGUCAAUGCUGUCAGGGAGUGCACAAAGCCAGGCUUCAAGGAGUGCAUGAGGAGGUGGAAGGGGCGCUUUGCCGUCCACUGCAUGCAGGCAAAGACUGAGGUUCUGGAGGCUGCAGGUACCUUUGUGGUGGAGUACAGGCCUUCGAUUCUCAAGGCUGCAGUGCUGAUGGUUCUAGGGGCACUCUGCCAGAUCCUCAAGCUGCCUUUGGUGGUGAAGUUUCUUGCAAUGAUCAAGGGCGCUGGGGAAACAGUUGAGGAGGCUGACAAGGUGGUGCACAGCAGGGCUGGGCAGAGCCCGGCAUAG